AUGAACAGCAGUGGACCUGCUUACCCCCUGGCCUCGCUGUAUGUGGGGGACCUGCACCCCGACGUGACCGAGGCCAUGCUCUACCAGAAGUUCUCCCCCGCGGGGCCCAUCAUGUCCAUCCGUGUGUGCCGUGACAUCAUCACCCGUCGCUCGCUGGGAUAUGCCUACAUCAACUUCCAGCAGCCCGCAGAUGCGGAGUGCGCCUUGGACACCAUGAACUAUGAGGUCAUCAAGGGUCGGCCAAUCAGAAUAAUGUGGUCCCAGCGUGACCCCGGGCUGAGGAAGUCGGGCGUGGGAAACAUCUUCAUCAAGAACAUGGAUGAGUCCAUCGACAACAAAGCUUUAUAUGACACCUUCUCAGCCUUCGGGAACAUCCUCUCCUGUAAGGUAGUGUGUGACGAGAACGGCUCCAAAGGCUACGGCUUUGUUCACUUCGAGACCCAGGAAGCGGCCAAUCGCGCCAUCGAGACCAUGAACGGGAUGCUGCUGAACGACAGGAAAGUUUUUGUUGGCCACUUCAAAUCUCGAAAGGAUCGAGAGGCUGAGUUCGGAGCCAAGGCCAUGGAGUUCACCAACGUCUACAUCAAGAACUUCAGCGAGGACGUUGAUGAUGAGAAGCUGAAGGAGGUCUUCUCUGAGUUUGGCAGGACCCUGAGCGUAAGGGUUAUGGUGGACGAGAGGGGACGCUCCCGCGGGUUUGGCUUUGUGAACUAUGAGAACCACGAGGAUGCGCAGAAGGCGGUGGAGGUGAUGAACGGGAAGGAGCUGAACGGAAGGAUCAUUUACGUCGGGCGCGCUCAGAAGAGGCUGGAGCGGCAGGGUGAGCUCAAGCGCAAGUUUGAGCAGAUCAAACAGGAGCGGCUCCACCGCUACCAGGGGGUCAAUUUAUACGUGAAGAACCUGGAUGAUGGCAUAGAUGACGAGAGGCUGAGAAAGGAGUUCAUCCCGUUUGGCACCAUCACCAGCGCCAAGGUGAUGACGGACGGGACCCACAGCAAAGGCUUCGGCUUCGUGUGCUUCUCGUCCCCGGAGGAGGCCACCAAGGCGGUGACGGAGAUGAACGGCCGCAUCGUGGCCACCAAGCCGCUGUACGUGGCCCUGGCCCAGCGCAAGGAGGAGCGCAAGGCCAUUCUCACCAAUCAGUACAUGCAGAGGCUGGCGAGCGUCCGGGCCAUCCCCGGGCCCGUCAUGGGCUCCUACCAGCAGGCCUCCGGCUACUUCAUGUCCGCCAUCCCUCAGCCUCAAAGCCGUUCCUUCUACCCCCCUAACGCGGUGACCCAGUUGCGGGGCCCCCCCCGCAUGGCAGCCCCGCCCCCCCGGCCCCAGGGGCCGUACUCCACACAGCUGGUCAGGCCCGCGGUUCCCCGCCGUACCUCCACCCCGAUCAGCACCGUCAGGCAGGCCUCCACCCAGGCACCCCGCGUCAUCAACAACAUGCAGAAGAUGGCCAACAUCGGCACACAGACGGGAGGAGGGCGGAGUUCCAUGGUGGGCCAGGCGGUCAGAGGGGUGAACCAGUACAAGUACUCCACCGGGGUGAGGAACCUGCAGCAGCCGGUCCUCUCCAUGCCGUCCCCGGUCCCCAUGCCUCAGCAGGUGACGGAGCCUGCGGUCCUGGUACGAGGUCAGGAGCCUCUGACCACCUCCAUGCUGGCCGCCGCCCCCCUCAUGGAGCAGAAGCAGCUGCUGGGUGAACGGCUGUACCCGCUGAUCCACGCGCUGCACCCGACUCUAGCCGGCAAGAUCACCGGCAUGCUGCUGGAGAUCGACAACUCGGAGCUACUGCACAUGCUGGAGUCGCCCGAGUCUCUGCACUCCAAGGUGGAAGAGGCGGUGGCUGUGCUUCAGGCUCAUCAAGCAAAAGAAAUGUCCCCAAAGAACUGA